AUGGAAUGGAAUAGAACAGAACCACUGGUCAACUCAACAAUAUCUGACCUAUACCCGGUACCAGUUGGUAUCAUUGCUUUGUUGGCAAUUUUAUAUGGAAGCAUUUCUGUCGCUGCUAUCAUUGGAAAUAGUUUGGUAAUAAGUGUCAUCAUCAUUAAUAAAAAGAUGCAAACAGUAACAAAUAUUUUCAUCGCAAAUUUAGCGUUCGCUGACGUCAUUUUGGGUAUGUUCACCAUUCCAUUUCAAUUCCAAGCGGCUUUAUUGCAGAGAUGGGUCGUUGCCGAUUUUAUGUGUUGGGUUGCACCUUUUGGCAAAGACUUAUCCGUAAAUAUAAGUAUUUUCACCUUAACGUGUAUUGCCAUAGAUAGAUAUAUAGCUGUACUGUAUCCAUUGAAAGCCGGUUUUAAGAAAUCUGUUGCCGCUGUGAUUUUAGUCUUUAUUUGGGUUUUUGGGACAGUUUCCAGCAUUCCUCAAGCACUGUAUAUGAAAGUCACUCAAGUUCCAGAGAACGCAACUGGAAAAACAAAACCGUUCUGUCGACCGUUUUUUCCGCAUAAAGAUUUUGGAAGAUACUAUUUUGUGUAUCUUUUAUGCAUACAGUACAUAUUACCACUGAUAGUUAUUAACUUCUCGUACAUAAGAAUAGCAUACAGAAUAUGGGGAACAAAAGCACCUGGGGAUUAUAUAAAUAGACGUGAUGACAUUCGUGCCAGGAACCGUAAGAAGGUUGUGAAGAUCCUGAUUAUUGUCGUCUGCCUGUUCGUCAUCUGUUGGCUACCAUUGCAGAUUUACAAUGUUGUGUCACAAGUGUACAGAGAAGUUAAUGACUACAAGUACAUCAACAUAAUCUGGUUCUGUUCCAAUUGGUUCGCAAUGAGUAACUCGUGUUAUAAUCCAUUCAUUUAUGGUCUUCUUAAUGAUAAAUUUAAACGAGCAUUUCGACGAAUAUUUUGGAAAUGUUGUCGAAAACUGUACAAAGACCACGAGUUUCCUGAUUUCUCUGAUGACAUGACCAUACGGACGAGUUUCAUACACAACGGGAAAUAUAGAACAUCAAUGAAUGGGUCAAUGUAUUCUAGACAUCACCGGAGAUCGACAAAGUUAUCGAUAGAAAAUGUCGACCCUGCGAUGGUCUGACUAUUAUGCAAAUAGACAACAACGGGUCAACUGAUAUUGAUACGACCAAAAGCCAAUAGUGCAAGCAUUGGUUUGGAUGAUGGACAUAAGAAGUCCAUCCUGGUAGAAGUUUAGAGGCAUUAAACUUAUUUGACAAUCGAGAACGACGGUUGAAUGAUAACCGAGUCACAAGAUCAAUCUGAAAGUGCACCUUCCUGUAAAUAAUUAACACCCACUGUAUAUUAGACUAAAAAUGUAGGUUUUGAAAUUCUAUGAGAAUGAUUUGAUCAUAAUUGCAUAACGACGGAGCCAGUAUUUCUUUGGGUUAAUGAAAGCAAACCCUUCUUGCGUGUUAUAACAUUGAUACUGUAAAAUUUAUAUAAAUGUUUAUAACACGUCAUCAGAUUGGAGCUCAUCACCAUCAAAGAGUUUUAUUUCACAUGUAUGUUGCACGUAUAUU